CCGAGAGAGACUGACGCUCCUCCUGCAGCUCCAACUAACUUUCUGCUUUCUUUGUCCCGUUCCUCCUGCUCCGACCCGGUUCGGUUUAGCUCGGUUCGGUUCUGCAGCUGCGGAGCGAAGAGAGCAAAGAGCGCGACUCGCGGAAAGUUUGCAGAGCAGAGAGAGGCGGGGGGAUCCGGGGAGAAAGAGAGCCAGAGACCCCGGUCCUGCUGCGGACUGUCUGCGGGGGAUUGAGCCUCCAGCAGCGGGGAGACUCGGGGCUGCGGGUCGCUGUUUGCCCGGAGAUCAGAGCCCCUCCUCGGCUGACUCUGAGCAGCUGUUCCCGAAAGAAGACCCACAGAGAGUCUGAUCCGGACUGCGCGCAAAUGGUUAUGGACCGAGUUUAGUCCGCGCGCACAUGGACGCACGGGUCCUCUGAUCCGGUUCUGAUUGGGUGAAAACAUGAAACUUUUGGACACUUUGUCCUCCUGGAGGCGGAUCUGGACCAAUCUACCGGUUUUACGGGAUUUCUCCUCCUCACAGAAGAAGUGAAAUGGAUUAUUAUUAUUAUUAUCGCUGUGCCUGCUGGGAAAUAAUUAGCUGAUAAUCGAUGAGUGAUUGAUGUGUGGAUCAAAAAAAGUGAUUAGAUCUACAUCAGUGGAGACUCAGAGUCUUUCAUGAGUUCUGGUUCUGGUCCCUGUGGGUCUCAGAGCUGAAGACAAGCCGCACAUGGAGCUCUCCGGGCGGCCGCUGCUGCUGCUGCUGCUCGGCCUGCAGCUCUGCCGAUCCGCGGUUCCCGACGACCGCCUGAUCUCAGACCGGUUCGGGGUCUACUGGAACAGCUCCAACCCGAGGUUUUUCCGGGGCGAGUACACGGUUGAGGUGGCAAUCAACGACUACCUGGACAUCUACUGUCCGCACUACGAGUGGCCGGAGCCCUCAGACCGCAUGGAGCACUACAUCCUGUACAUGGUGAACUACGACGGGUACACGUCCUGCGAUCACCACCGAAAGGGCUUCAAGCGCUGGGAGUGCAACCGGCCGCAGAGCCCCAACGGGCCGCUCAAGUUCUCCGAGAAGUUCCAGCUCUUCACUCCCUUCAGCCUGGGCUUCGAGUUCAGGCCGGGACACGAGUACUACUACAUCUCGUCUCCACAUCCAAGUCUGGCUGGGAAACCGUGUCUGAAGCUCAAAAUCUACGUCAAACCCACCAAUGACUCGGUGUAUGAGUCUCCGGAGCCCUUCCUGACGGACGACACCACCGGUGGAUGCAGCCUCGUUCUGCCCGGUAACUCCCUGCUGCCCGCCAUGUUGCUCCUCCUCCUCUUCAUCUCCUCAUAGCACCUCCUGCUCUGCUCCUCUUCCUCCUGCUGUUGGACUGCUCUCCGUCCUCCCUGAGACAGGAAACUAAUACAGCAAGGCCCUCCUCUCCCUGACCUCCGACCUUCACCUGAACGCCACUCAGCAGCUCAGCCAAUCAGAGGAGGCCAAGGUCAAUGGGGGAGGAGCCAGGAGACGCUCUGUGAUGGAUGUUUCUGCUCCGACAAAGUCCAGACUCCAUUGACCCCCAUGUUAACACUGAUGCAUACAAAUAUAUAUAUAUACAAACACAUAUAUUAAGGCAAUGACUAAACAUUAUUUUCCGCAUUCAUUGUUUAUAAAAUGCCUGAAUAAUUGUAAAAAAGGCAACAUCUUAAAAAGUCCCAAAACACAAUAUUAGAAACACAGAUUUGUGCCAAAUAUUUGCCUGGAAUCAGAAUACUUUAUUUAUCCCGCUGGGGGAAAUUAGGUAAACAUGACGGUCAGUGGAGUCCAGUUUCAGUCCAAGGAGAAGUGAAACACAUCAAGGCUGUUUAUAAUCUUUGGAUUUUCAUCACAGCUUCAAUAAAAGACGGAUCAUCAGCAGCAUAAAGAAACUCUAAGACGUCAGCUUCAGUCGGAGCAGCGUUCACCGGCAGCUCUCGGUUCUGCUGCAGCCUACAUCCGUUUGAUCUCUUUGCACUGAUGACUACAGUCACAGAAACCAGCCACAACUGUCAAACACAGCAGGUCAUGUAGCAAAAGUUAACAUGGAACCUUUAACCCUUCAUAAAGGGUGAAACUAACUUGUUGGGAUGUCAUUGGUGACAUUUUCAAACUUACAUAUUUAUCUCACAACUGCUGGUAGAACACAUCUCACAGAGUUUGAGACCUGACUGACGGAAAACGAAAUAUUUGUACUUAAUAUUUGAACUUCUUGUCACGCUAAUGUAGCAUCAGACCAAUGGGUCAAGCUUUUGUAGCUUCAUAGACAAGGGGAAGAGCUAACGUAGUAUCACAGAGGGACAGCGGGUUUAUGUAGCUUUUAAAGUAAUGCGUUACAAGUGUAGCCGCACAGACCUGCGCUGCUAUAGCUUUACAGACCAACAGGACAAGCUAACGUAGCUUCACAGAAAUAUGGGAGGAGUUAACAUACAGAUUCACAGACAUAUAGGAUGAGCUAAAGUAGCUUCACAGACGCACAGGACAUGCUAACGUAGGUUCAGAGACAUACAGGCUGAGCUAACUUAAGCUAAAAGACAAACAGGGGUAUCUAAUGUAACCUCACAGACAUACAGGGAUCAGCUAACACAGAUUGACAGACAUAUGGGAUAAGCUAACUUAGCUUCAAAGAUGUAGGGGCAAGCUAACAUACAGUGCAAGAUAAUGUAAAUUUGCAGACAUACAGGAUGAGCUAAAGUAUAUUCUCAGACAUACAGGAUGAGCUAACUUAGCUUCACAGACAUAGGGGCAAGCUAACGUAGAUUCUCAGACAUACUGUACAGGAUGAACUAACUUAGCUUCACAGACAUACUGGGCAACAUAGCGUAGCCUCACAGACAUACAGGUUAAGCUAAGGAAUAAGCUAACAAGCUUAAGUAGCUUCAGAGAACCUGAUGAGCUAACCAGUUUUAAAGACCUAUGCUAACGUAGCUAUGACAAGCUAACAUAUCUUCAAAGACUAACUUAAUGUUACAAGACUUUGUAUACAAAUAUAUAGGCUACAUGCAUACAUAAUGACAUAUUCACCCUGAAUCUAAAGUGUCUGAUACAUUUUCUGAUCAUUUCGGACAUUGUGGCUCAUUUCUGUGACAGUAAUCGCUUUCAGUGUUGAAUACAAAAAACAAAAAAGACUUGUCAAUCUUUUUCAUCAUGUCUCUUGCCCAACUUCAGCAGCAGACGGCCUUUUAUUUCUGUAAAUCUGCCAAAGACUAUUGUUAAACUUUUCUAUUAGCAGGUUAAGUCAUACAGCAGCUACAGGUGUCAUUGUGGCCCCGCCCACUUCUGCCAAAAGGGGGUGGGGCUAUAUCAGGUGGAGGAGUCACAUCCAUUUUUUUUUCUAACUUGUGUCGUUUUGUGGUAAAAAUUAAAACGAAUGUCAAGCGCAAAACUAAAUUGAACCAAUCAAAAAUGGCCUUUUUCCCACUGGUGCUGAAUUUUUUGUGACUCAAUGACUUGGUUUCUGGGAAGCAGCAACACCGUGUGGACGGGAGGACGUUUUGGUUUUUUCUCUUCAUCUCUCCAUACCGUCCCUCCGUCUUCAUUGAUGGAGGAAGAGUGUGUCCUUGUGUUUGUGGACGAGCAGGGGCAUGCUGGGAAAUGCAGUAUCUAUAUAAAACGAACGCACUGUGAUGGAUGACGGACAGAAGCAAAACUGACUUUGUUUCGUUCGUUUAGGUAGAAAAAAAAGUGAAAUUUCAAGUUUUUAUUUUACAUUUUUGUGCCAUUUUUCAGUUUAAAAAAAACGCAGGACAAAAUUCAUAUAAGAUAUGAAUUUCAUGAAGGAAUCAGUCGGAUGUUUGUUGUUGUUGUUGCUGUUGUUGUUGUUUUCCUCUUUGUUCCUGCUUGCAUCACAAUGCAUUCUGGUCUUUGUAGUCCUGUGCUUUCUGGUUCUGUUGAUGAAUAAAGGUUUUUGGUGGGUUUUUUUCCAGUUCAUCGUCCUUUUCGUGUGGAUGGAAUCAGUUUUUUCGUGGCGUAAGAGAUGUUUAAGAAACUGCAGGAAAGAAAAACUACGGAAAAAAGUUCAGAAGGUGGUUUUAUGAGCGGGGGUGAGACCUCCCUGUUGUCUGGUUUACAGUGUCUCUGAAAAGGAAAUGUUUUUCUACAUCAAAAUGUCUGCAUAUUCUAUUCUCUGAAAGACAAAAAAAUCUGUUUUUGUAUAUUUUCUUAUUGGAUGCUUAUAAAGUCAUGUAAAAGAAUGCAUUUAUCUGAUUGGCUAAAGACCUAACGAGGGGGUCAGAGGUCAUCGGGCCUCUUCAGGACAUUUUUUUCUGCGCUGCAUGAGCAGAGAAAAAAAAAUACAUUUACUGAAUUUACUUUGAAGAUAAUUUCAGAGAGAAAAUGUUAAGAAGUGUAUGAAUCUGUGUUUGAUAAAUUCACCAA